CCUGCAACAAGAGCAGCCCCGAUUGGCCGCUGCCGUAUCCGACGCGCAGCCGUAGUUUCCCGAGGGGGGGCGUAGCCUAAGGGACUUGGCCAAUGGGUGGAGAGACCAGAGGCGGGGCUGCGGGAGCUUGGGACCCGGGGAGUCAACAGGCGCGCCCGGAAGUGGGGGUCCAGGCCCACCCCUGUGGUGGGUAGGGCGCGCGCAGGCAGGCGCCGGGCUCGGUGCCUACAGCCACCGGCGCGGCUCCGAAGUGGCCCCUGUUGACCCUUCGUUUUCCUCGGGACCCCGAGGUAGUCCCUGAGGACUCUACGUUGUCCUGAACGGGCCCGAGGUGUCCUGGGCACAUGUACACUACUGUUAAGGAGGGGCUGUUCCUCGGGAAUCGUCGGAGGGUUAGGGAACGCGGGCCCUUCCGUCCCUCGGCGGCCGCGGCUCGGACCUGUAGCAGAGGGGCGGUCCAGUGACGGGCCGCCUGCGCCUCUCCCUUCUGACCGAGGGAGUCAGGCCCUCUUGGUCCCCAGGUUCAUCACUUCGGGGCCCGGAAAACCCACCCUGUUACUCCAGCUCCGCUUCCCCGUCGCCUCCCCCCUAUUCUGACGGCCCCGAGGUGUCCUGGUCAUUUGCUCCUCUUGAUGCAUCCCCCGCGCCGGAUGACCCCUUCACGGACACUGCCCUUCCGGGUCACGUCCCCUCCAGGACUACUGCCUUUUCCGGCGGUUGCAUCCCCAGGCCAUGACCCUCCCUACUGCUGUCCUUUCCGGCCACACCCCUUCCCAGCAGUUGCUGUACCCGGCUGGUGCCCUCCCGGUCGCGCCCCUCCCCCGCUGGAUCAUCCUAGUUCCUCCAGAGCCACACUUACACCAGCCAUACCCUGUGCCCCACACACUCACCCCUCCUUGAACAGCCACCCCAUAAUACCCCUGUCCCCAGCCAGUGUUGAGCCUACCCCACACGGCCUCUCCAGACCCUGGCUGUGCUGUCCAGACUCUUCCGCUGAGUUCUGGGAGUAGAGCCAGUGGCUUGGCUGCUGUUGUGAGUUCCCCUUGGGCCACGUGAGGGCUGUUUACAGGAGAAGGAAGCCGCAGUGAGACAGCAGAAGCUUCUGAAAAACAGCUUCUUUUCAGGAGAACAAAGGUGCAGAGGUGUUUCCUUCCAGUGAGAAUGUGAUUUGAUUCUGAAAGUAGUGGGGAAGGCGCUAGUAGAGUGUUUCCUCAACCUGUCUCCUCACCCUUUGCUCUGCUUACAGUCAUGCGGGAAGAGGAGGAUGUCUGCUCAGAGGCUGGCUUCUGUAUAGGCACUGCCCUGCGUUCCUGGGGGCUGCAGUUCAUGGAGGAGCAUUCACAGUCCACCAUGCUGAUCGGGAUUGCAAUUGGAGCCCUCCUGGCACUAGCCUUUGUCAGUAUUGCUGUCUUUUUUGUAUACAGAAGGGUUAACCGAUUCCGACAAGUGCACCCCACUCCUCAGUACAGGUUCCGAAAGCGGGACAAAGUGAUGUUUUAUGGUCGGAAGAUCAUGAGGAAGGUGACCACACUCCCCCACACACUUGUGGGGAACACAGCAGCACCCCGGCAGCGGGCCAGGAAGAGAACUAAGGUGCUAUCUUUGGCCAAGAGAAUUCUACGUUUCAAGAAGGAAUACCCCACCCUGCAGCCGAAGGAGCCCCCACCUUCGCUGUUGGAGGCUGAUCUCACAGAGUUUGAUGUGAAGAAUUCUCAUCUGCCAUCAGAAGUUCUGUACAUGCUGAAAAAUGUUCGGGUCCUAGGCCACUUUGAGAAGCCACUGUUCCUGGAGCUGUGCAAACACAUGGUCUUUGUGCAGCUGCAUGAGGGGGAGCACAUCUUUCGGCCAGGAGAGCCAGACACCAGCAUCUACGUGGUGCAGGAUGGGCGGCUGGAAGUCUGCAUCCAGGACGCUGAUGGCACUGAGGUGGUAGUCAAAGAAGUGUUGGCAGGAGACAGCGUCCACAGCCUCCUCAGCAUUCUGGAUGUCAUCACUGGUCACACUGCACCUUACAAAACAGUCUCUGCUCGAGCAGCGGCCCCAUCCACCAUCCUUCGGCUUCCAGCUGUGGCUUUUCAAGGAGUUUUUGAGAAAUAUCCUGAAACACUGGUGAGGGUGGUACAGAUCAUCAUGGUGAGGCUGCAGAGGGUGACAUUCCUGGCUCUGUACAACUACCUGGGCCUGACCACAGAGCUGUUCAAUCCCGAGAGCCAGGCCAUCCCUCUUGUGUCUGUAGCCAGUGUGGCUUCCGGACGGACCAAAAGGCAGGUGUUUUGUGGCACAGAGGAGCGUCUUGAGAAACCUCCACAGCCCCAAGAUCCUUGCACCUCAGAUCAAGGGGGCAGCUGUCCAGCAGCCUCUGGGCAUUUGCUGAAGAGGAGUUACUCUGUCCCUUUGCCUUAUGUCCAUGAGGAGGUCUCAGAAAAGUUUGGGCAGUCCCAGGCAAGAGAUUCUGCUCUUCCAGGCCCACCAGGGGGCCACAAUGGGGCGACCUCAGACCUGGGGAUGGCAUGUGACCGUGCCAGGGUCUGGCUGCACUCAGACCUUCCUGGGAACUCCAUGGCCAGCAAGUCCAAGAAAAACACGAUGGGUGCAGAGGUUCCCUCUUCUGUCCUCCACUACUCGGAGUGUCGCUGGGACCCACACGGCUCCAGCGGGAAGACGGACGCUAUCUUCCGAGCAGCCAAGGAGGACCUGCUCACCCUGAUGAAGCUGGAUGACCCAUCCCUAUUAGAUGGCCGGGUAGAGUUUCUCCAUGUCCCUGCAGGCACCGUGGUGUCAAGACAGGGAGACCAGGAUGUCAACAUCUUGUUUGUGGUCUCGGGGCUGCUGCACGUGUACCAACAGAAGAUUGACAGCCAGGAGGAUACCUGCCUGUUCCUCACGCACCCUGGAGAGAUGGUGGGCCAGCUGGCAGUGCUCACAGGAGAGCCCCUUAUGUUCACCAUCAGGGCCAACAGGGAUUGCAGCUUCUUGUCCAUCUCCAAGGCCCACUUCUAUGAGAUCAUGCGGAAGCAGCCAUCAGUUGUCCUGGCCGUGGCACACACUGUAGUGAAGAGGAUGUCGUCCUUCCUGCGGCAGAUUGAUUUCGCGCUGGACUGGAUGGAGGUAGAGGCUGGGCGUGCCAUAUACAGGCAGGGAGAUAAGUCUGACUGCACAUACAUCGUCCUGAGUGGUCGACUGCGCUCUGUGAUCUGCAAGGAUGAUGGGAAAAAGCGCCUGGCAGGGGAGUAUGGCCGUGGAGACCUCAUUGGUGUGGUGGAGACGCUGACCCAUCAGGCCAGGGCAACCACGGUGCAUGCUGUUCGGGACUCAGAACUGGCCAAGCUGCCUGCAGGAGCCCUGACAUCUAUCAAGCGCAGAUAUCCUCAGGUGGUGACUCGGUUGAUUCAUCUCUUGGGAGAGAAGAUCCUGGGAAGCCUCCAGCAGGGAUCUGUGACAGGCCACCAGCUUGGGCUCCACACAACAGGCAGCAAGUGGGACAUAUGUAGCCCAGCUGGCAACCUGUCCACCGUGGCUGCGAUGCCCGUGUCUGAGGACGUUCCACUUACCACCUUCGCACUGGAGCUCCAGCAUGCCCUCAGUGCCAUUGGUCCAGUAUUGCUGCUGACCAGUGACAACAUCAAACAGCGCCUUGGCUCAGCUGCUCUAGACAGCCUCCACGAGUACCGGCUGUCCAGCUGGCUGGGGCAGCAGGAGGACAUCCACCGGAUCGUACUGUACCAGGCAGACUGCACGCUCACACCCUGGACCCAGCGCUGCAUCCGGCAGGCAGACUGCAUCCUCAUUGUGGGCCUGGGCGAGCAGGAGCCCACUGUGGGUGAGCUGGAGCGGAUGCUGGAAAGCACAGCCGUGCGUGCCCAGAAGCAGCUGGUCCUACUGCACAGGGAGGAUGGUCCAGGGCCAGCCCGCACUGUGGAGUGGCUCAACAUGCGGAGCUGGUGCUCCGGCCACCUGCACCUCUGCUGCCCACGCCGCGUCUUCUCUAGGAGGAGCUUGCCCAAGCUGAUGGAGAUGUACGAGCGUGUCUUCCAGCGACCCCCAGACCGGCACUCGGACUUCUCCCGCCUGGCACGGGUGCUGACUGGCAACGCUAUUGCCUUGGUGCUUGGAGGAGGGGGAGCGAGAGGCUGCGCCCAGGUGGGCAUCCUCAGGGCCCUGGCAGAGUACAGCAUCCCCGUGGACAUGGUUGGAGGGACAUCCAUUGGGGCCUUCAUGGGUGCCCUGUACUCUGAAGAGAGGAACUACAGCCAGAUGAGGAUUCAGGCCAAGCAGUGGGCUGAGGACAUGACAUCAGUGGUGAAAACCAUUCUGGACCUGACCUACCCAAUCACAUCCAUGUUCUCUGGAGCAGGCUUCAACAGCAGCAUCUGCAGCAUCUUCAGGGACCGGCAGAUUGAGGACCUGUGGCUCCCCUACUUCGCUGUUACCACCGACAUCACAGCCUCUGCCAUGCGGGUCCACACAGAUGGCUCUCUGUGGCGGUAUGUGCGUGCCAGCAUGUCCCUGUCAGGUUACAUGCCGCCCCUCUGCGACCCCAAGGACGGACACCUGUUGAUGGAUGGAGGCUAUAUCAACAACCUCCCAGCGGAUGUGGCCCGAUCCAUGGGGGCAAAGGUGGUGAUCGCCAUCGACGUGGGCAGCCGGGAUGAGACAGACCUCACCAACUAUGGCGAUGCGCUCUCUGGGUGGUGGCUGCUGUGGAAACGGUGGAACCCCCUGGCCACCAAAGUCAAGGUGCUGAACAUGGCUGAGAUUCAGACGCGCCUGGCCUAUGUUUGCUGCGUCCGGCAGCUGGAGAUGGUGAAGAACAGUGACUAUUGCGAGUGCCUGCGGCCCCCCAUCGACAGGUAUCGCACCCUGGACUUCGGCAAGUUUGAUGAGAUCUGUGAAGUAGGUUACCAACACGGGCGGACAGUGUUUGACCUCUGGGCUCGAAGUGGAGUGCUAGAGAAGAUGCUGCAGGACAGGCAGGGGCCAAGCAAGAGGAAGGCCUGUGCGAUCCCCACUUGCCCCAAUGCCUCCUUCACGGACCUUGCUGAGAUCGUGUCCCGCAUUGAGCCUGCCAAGAUGGCCACAGUGGAUGACGAAUCUGACUACCAGACUGAAUAUGAGGAGGAGCUGCUAGAAAUCCCCAAGGACACAUACGCGGACUUCCAGAGCACCCAGGCAGAGCUGGGCUCUGACUCGGAGGGAGAGCCCAUGCUGCAGCAUCCGCACCCUGGCCUGGCUUCCCCAGAACAACCCCAGGACAAUUCAUCUUCCUGGCUCCCUGGCCAGACUGGAGAGAAGCCGCUGCUCUGAUGCUCCCCAGAAUCCAGCAUCUCCUGGGAGCCUGACCUCAAGACUGAGGCUCCACCCGCUCCUGGGAGGCCACUUUACCCACCUGACAAGAGAAGCCUCAGCCAGCUGGCCAGCGUGUCAAGUCUUUACCCCCCAGCCUGGGCUCUUUUCUGCACCCUCUGUGCCUCUUUUCUGUACUGGCACCCCUGCACCCCUGGGGAGAUGAGCCAGCCUCCCGCCAUCCCCCAUGAAGUCUCUGUGAGGUGUGGGAACCCCAGAUUGGCAUGUUAAUAAAGGUAGAUCUGAUUGUGUG